GCUGAGUAAAAUGGAGUUAGCAGUUGAAUACUAUUCACUUGUGUUUUGUAAAUGGGGAGGGAUUAGAGUGUUCUCUAUAUAGGUAUCAUAGUUCAUAUUUUUGUUAUUUGUAUUUCUUGGUGAAGGAUUUCUCAGCCAGUUUAAACCAAGAUGUAAGAAUUAGAUCUGUGAGUGCUUCUAAGCAUCUAAGAGGUGUCCAGAGGGGAGGGUUCAGCUAUGUGACGUGUGAAAUACCAGAGAGGCAGCCUGGAGGGUUUCUCUCCUGCCAAGUAGUAAACUUCAGAGAGAGAAAAAGGGAGAGAAUGUAAGCAAACCUGAGUGAAUGCUGAGCUCUGUGGCUGGCAGUUAAUAAACCACAGAGGAUGAAUGAACCAUACUACGAAGAGGUCCAGGAUUUCUAUACAUCUGACCUCAAGAAACCUGCACUGAAGGAAGUGAAUGUUUGGCCAUGCACUGGAAGGAGCAGCAGCAGCUCUGGAGUUUCCUUUUUUUGCCCACAUGUUUUGCUUUACCUCUCCGUAUUGUGCUUCAUAAACUGUCUGCUGGCACAUCCUCAGUGUCUGGAUUAUGGACCACCCUUCCAGCCCCCUUUUCAUUUGGAAUUCUGCUCUGCCUAUGAGAAUUUUGGCUGCUGUGACCAGGAAAGAGACAACAGCAUUGCAGCAAAAUACUGGGACAUCAUGGAUUAUAUUGAUCCCCAGGGGCAUAAGCUGUGUGGGACAUAUAUCAAAGAUAUCCUCUGUCAGGAAUGUUCUCCAUACGCUGCACAUCUCUAUGAUGCAGAAAACCCUCAGACACCUCUGAGAAACAUCCCAGGGCUUUGUUUUGACUACUGCUCCGAGUUUCAUUUCAACUGCCCCUCUGCCAUCAGCCUGCUGACCAGUGAUAGACACAUCCAGGAAUGCUGCGAGACAAACAGGACACACUUUUGCAACCUCCUUCACCUCCACGAUGAGGACUACUGCUUCCCCAAUGUGCUGAAGAACACAGCCCUCAACACCAACCUGGGCUCAGUAGUGGAGGACCACAAAGGCUGUCUCCAGCUUUGCCUAACAGAGGUUGCCAACGGCCUGAGGAACCCAGUGCUCAUGGUGCAUGCAAAUGACCAUACCCACCGCAUGUUCAUAGCAGAGCAAGUGGGAGUCAUCUGGGUCUACCUACCUGAUGGUAGUCGGCUGGAGGAGCCCUUUCUGGAUGUUAGAAGUCUAGUGCUGGCUACGCCAUGGCUAGGGGAUGAGAGGGGCUUUUUGGGGAUGGCUUUCCACCCCAAGUACAAGGACAACGGCAAGUUUUAUAUCUAUUACUCAUACAUGGAUAAGAACCGAGUGGAAAAGAUCAGGAUUAGUGAAUUGAAGGUUUUGGCAUCUGAUGCCAACAAAGCAGAUCCACGCUCAGAAAGGAAUCUCCUGGAGCUUGAGGAACCAGCCGCAAAUCAUAAUGGUGGGCAGCUGCUCUUUGGAGUGGAUGGCUACAUGUAUCUGUUCACAGGGGAUGGAGGGAAAGCAGGAGACCCUUUUGGAACAUUUGGGAAUGCUCAGAACACGAGUACUUUGUUGGGGAAAGUCCUGAGAAUUGAUGUGGAUGGAAGAAGCCCUGAUGGAAAGCCUUAUCGCAUCCCUCCUGAUAAUCCAUUUGUGUCUGAUCCUAAGGCCCGCCCUGAGGUUUAUGCAUAUGGGGUCAGGAAUAUGUGGCGCUGUGCAGUUGACAGAGGGGACCCUGUCACGAAGAAGGGAAGAGGGAGGAUAUUCUGUGGAGAUGUUGGGCAGAACAGGUUUGAAGAAAUUGACCUCAUUGUUAAAGGAGGGAACUACGGCUGGAGAGCAAAGGAGGGAUUUGAAUGCUACGACACAAAGCUUUGCCACAAUUCCUCUUUGGAUGACAUUCUUCCAAUAUUUGCAUAUGGCCGCAGCGUGGGGAAGUCGGUUACUGGAGGUUAUGUGUACAGAGGAUGUGAAUCGCCCAACUUGAAUGGUCUCUACAUCUUUGGUGAUUUCAUGAAUGGUCGACUUAUGGCUUUACAGGAAGAUGAGACAAGAAAUAAAUGGAAGAAGCAAGAUAUCUGCAUUGGCAGCACAAGAACUUGUGCUUUCCCUAGAAUGAUCAGUUCUUACAGUAAAUUCAUCAUCUCAUUUGCUGAGGAUGAAGCAGGUGAGCUGUAUUUUCUGUCUACUUCUUAUCCCAGUGCCUAUGCACCACAUGGAUCACUCUACAAGUUUAUUGAUCCUGCAAGGAGAGCUCCACCAGGGAAGUGUAAAUACAAGCCCAUUCCAGUGAAAACAAAGAGUAAAUGGAUACCAUUUGUUCCACGUGCAAAGACAGUUCUUGAGCUGCUUAAUGAACCUUCAACAACCAAGCCUCUGAAGAAGUCUUCUACCCCCACUGCAGCCACCCCAGCAGCUGCUCCUCGGAAAGGUAAAAAGACCCCAUCCACCAAAAUAAAAGCAUCAACAGCAAAACCAGCUCCAUCUGGUAAAAAGAGACAGAAAAUCAAAGCUGAGGCUAAGUCUCACAAGCCAAAGCAGAAGAAGGCUGCACAUGUUGACAGAACCACAACAGCACCACCUUCACCAAAGAAGAGCAGCUCCCGCCUAACCAGGACCAAGAACCUUCUUCCACAGAAAGCAGCAUCUGUGAAGGAAAAUCGGGAGAGGAGGAAGAAGGGCAGGUUAAGAAGCAGCUCUUGAAGCUCAGUGAUGUCACAGUGAAAGCAAGUCACUUCUAA